CGUAGAUAUAGAAAACAGAAUAUAAAUGUAAAAAAAUGAGAAACCCUUCGUUUCCUUUUGUACUCAUCUUGUUCUAUUUUAAAGCUAACAUUUUUAUUACAGAGACGUAUAUCAUAUAUAUAGAUAGAUAACAAGAUCUAGAGUGAGAGAAAGGUGAGUAAGCAGAGAGCAAGAUCUGUGAUAGUCUCUGUAGAAGUUCAGAGAUAUAGAGAGAAUAAUGGAGAAAAGCUGUCACUCAUCAUCUACUUCUGGAGGAGAUUCUAUAACCAGUAGCAGCACUAAUAAUAAUAACAAUAAUAAUAGACAGAACCCAAGUGAUCAUUUUCUCAAACAUCUCAAUAAAAUCUCUCAUAAGAUAUCCAAACAGCCAAUCGUUAGAAAACCCCCUUCUCCUCCUCCUCUUGAUCAGCACAAUAACCACCAUCAAAAUCAAAAUCAAAAUCAAACUCAGAGUUUUCAAAAUCAAACUCAGAGUUUUCAAAAUCAAAAUCUUCAUCAACAACAACAGCAGCAAAGUCAAACCCAUAGUCAGAAUCAAGAACUACAGAACCAACAUAAUCAGCAGUUACAGCAACAACCACCUGUUUAUAAUAUAAACAAGAGUGAUUUUAGAGAUGUAGUACAGAAAUUAACAGGUUCACCAGCACAUCAUGAUAGAUUCUCAACACCACCACCAAUACAACCACCUAAACCACCAAGUUCUCGUCUUCAUCGUAUUCGUCCACCACCUUUACAACCACCUAGACCCACUUCUCCACUAAACAACCCCGCCGCUUUCAUACCUCAACCACAACCUCCUCUUCCGAAUACAAACCCUAACUUCAAUAACAACAACAACAGCAACAACCCAGGCAGUAGUAGCUUUGGAGGAAGACAAGUAACACCAUUAUCACCACUACCACCAUUUCCAUCUGUACAUGGUGCAGCAGAAUCACCAAUCUCUGCUUACAUGAGAUACCUUCAAAGUACAACACCAACCCUAGAUGCAGAAUCAAGAAAGUUUAUUGGGUUCUCUUCAGUUCCACCAAUACUUUCACCUAAAUGGAAUAAUCAACCAAACUCGUUUUUUCAACAGCAACAGCAGCAGUUUCUUCUUCCUUCGCCCAAUUCAAUGGCUAAUUCGCAGUUUCCGAUGCCUAAUUCGCCUUUGGGAUUCGGAUUGCUAUCUCCAAGUUUGCUUUUUUCGCCUACAAGUGGUCAAUUAGGGUUUCCUCAGUUCCCUCCUUCACCAAGGUUGCCAUUGCUGAGUCCAAGAUGGAGAGGUGUUUAAAACAUCAUGAUAAAUUUAUGUUUAAAAGAUUUGUAUUACAAGUAGGGUGUUAUUGGAGAGGGAAAAGGAUCUAACAAUAGUCAAACUUGAAUUCUGUAAAUGGAUGUGAAAGACAUUAAACCCCUAAAUUUGUUUUUCAUGUUGAA